AUGGAUCAUAAGAGUGCCAAGGAUGAGGAUGUUGAAAUUGAUCUUGAAAGUGGGUUGGCAGUGAUUGAAGAUGAGUCGAAGAAUGUGUCUACUCCAGGUAAGACAAAACAAGGAAAGAUUUUGUUUACUAAGAUUUCUUGUAUAAAAGGUGAGGAUAGGUAUAGUGGAUGCUGCAAUGAGUCAAAGUUAACUGUAGUUUCAAUGGACAUGGUGAAAGUGACAAACAAUUUGUACUCAGUAGAAUAUGUGGAGAAUAAUACCCCAGAAAAGGAGAAACGUAAAAAGUCCAGUAAUAAGAAGGCUCCCAAACCUCCAAGACCUCCACGGGCUCCAUCAUUGGAUGCAGCUGACCAUAAGCUAAUCAGGGAGAUCACUGAACUUGCCAUGUUAAAGCGCGCGAGGGUUGAGCGAAUGAAAGCCUUGAAGAAGAUGAAGGCUGCGAAGGCAUCAUCAUCGUCAUCAUCAUCUUCCAGUAGCAGCAUGUUUGCUAUGGUUUUCACUGUUAUCUUCUGUAUUGUGAUGUUCCUCCAAGGCAUGUCAUCUGGAAAAAGUUCAGUUGCAACUUUCCAGGGAUCUCCGGUACCCGCAGGAGUAACAGAGGGUGGUCUUAUUGAUGUUCAACACCAACUCAAUCCAUCUUCAAGUGACCCAAAUGCACCUGGUUUUCAGUACCACAAAAUUGUACAGCAGUUCACUGGUUUAGACUUGACUACAAAAAAAUUGAGAAGAGAUGCAGGUUAA